AUGCCUGUUCCUCCUAGGAGAGGUAGGAAGCCUAAACUGACUAAUUCGGAAAAAGUAGAAAGCAGCCAUUCUGAUGGACAAGCGUUGUCCGUCAGCAGGCUGCCCAUAGCUGUUACUCCAAGAGGAGGAUUAAGGAGAGCAGAGGAAGCUGCUUCUGAAGUCUCGCAAGAGGCUAGCGAGGAAAGUUCUCCUGCUGAAGGGGCAGAAGAAGAGUUCCACAUGCCAAGCCAGAAAAAACGGAUACUCGUGAGCAAGAACUUCCACAGUUUUCAGUCUUCUGCUGGACCUUUGCUUAAGUCCUCUUGCGUUUCUCUUCCAGGGAGCCAUGGCCUGGCGUGGCAGGCGUGUGGUCCUCAACUCCAGGCGGUGAGCUCUGUGACAGGAGCGCGGCUCUCUGCGUACCGUUUCCAGGGAGCAAAUAAACAGCCUCCCACUGUGCGUGUGGUAAAGGAGUUUUCCUGGCAGAAGAGAACUGGGCUGCUGGUUGGCUUGGAAGAAGCAGAGGGAAGCGUUCUCUGUCUGUACGACCUUGGAAUAUCAAGAGUGGUUAAAGGCGUGGCUCUUCCAGGAAGGGUAACUGCUGUAGAGCUCAUAACUAAUCACGGAGGCAUCACCAGUGCGAGCGCUCGGCACCUACAUCCGAGCCUGCAAUGGCUCUUUGGCGUGGCAGCAGUGGCUACAGAUGUUGGCCACCUACUUCUGGUUGACCUUUGCUUGGAUAAUUUAUCUUGCAGUCAGAAUGAAAGAGAAGCAUCGGAUCUGGAAGUUGCCAGUGGAAUUCCUGUGGGAGUUCCAAAGAGAAGAAAAACUGUGGCCAGAGAAGGGAGACAUCUCUGUUUUCAAUUACAAAAUCCUUCGGGAACAGCAGUAUCAACCCUGAGCUACAUAAGCAGAAGCAAUCAUCUCGUCGUGGGUUUUUCCGAUGGCUACCUGUCACUGUGGAACAUGAAAACGUUGAAGAGGGAGGACCACUCUCAGCUUGCAGGAGGAAGGAUUCCUGUCUAUGCUGUCACUUUUCAAGAGCCUGAAAAGGAUCCUCGCAACUGUUGCUACUUGUGGGCUGUUCAGUCUACCCAAGAAAGUGAAGGUGACGCUGUGAGUUUACAUCUGUUGCAGUUACUAUUUCAUGAGAGAAAACGCCUGGCAUCAGGACAGGUCAUGUACGAGGGUUUGGAAUACUGUGACGAAAGGUUCAGUUUAGAUCUCACGUGUGGAGUCUUUCCCUGGAGAGGGCCGACCGGCAAUACCAAAUUUCUGAGCUGCCAGACUGUAGAAAAAUUUCCCAAGCCGGUUGACGGAGAGGAUAGCGUUAAUGAAGUAAUAUCUCCUGAGACCAGUGUAUCAGUCUUCAGCUGGCAAGUGAAUACGUAUGGUGAGGGAAAGCCAUCUACUUACUUGGGUGUAUUUGACAUUAACCGCUGGUAUCACGCUCAAAUGCCAGAUUCACUGAGGCCGGAAGAACUCCUUCACGACUGCCCCUAUUUUGCGCUGUGGUCACUGGAUACUGGACUAAGUAUGACUUCUCCAAGCCUCGUUUUGGAUAUUCGAGUACGUGAGCAGAGUCUCUGUCGCGGAGUGCCUCCUUCCUAUCCACCACCUGAUCAGUUUUUUAAUCCAAGCUCCUAUAAUUUUGAUGGUACGUGCUUGCUGAACUCCGGAGUUGUCCAUAUGACUUGCACCAGCUUCCAGAAGGAGAAUGAUCGCCAUCCUCGCUUCAGAGAGGGGGCAUGUGCCAGAAAGUCUGAAUUACGCCCAUAUCGGAAGAUCCUUCCUAGAGUUCAAAGGCAGCUGGCUGCAGAGAGAGCCAGGCCUUACCAUUUGCCUUCGUCGGCCUUAAGAGGAGUUGCGAGACCAAAGCCAGUAUCAAGAGCAAGAAAACCAGCCAAUUCAGGAUAUCUGGAUAUCAUAGCAACUUUCAUGAGUAAUGUGUUAUCCAGAAUUGGAGCAGCAUGGGCAGGAAAUGAGCAGAAAACCUUUUCCUCACGAUAUGAUAGUGCUAGAGUUGCAGAGCCACCAGCCGUACCUCGUCCUCUCCCUGAGGCAGAGUUGCGCAGUGCGGUUGUUGGGACACUGGUCACAAGAUUUUCACAAAAAUCUUCCAGUAUAGUAGAUCUAGAGAGUGAAUAUUUCAAAAUGAGGCAGUGA